CCGGGUAACCACAUUGGAGGUAGGAGCAGGGAGCGUUAAAGAAUCAAAUCUUAUCCGUGCCAAAAAAGAAACCCAAAAGGGAGCAGCUGGUCGCCGGCAGCUUGCAAUGUUCAUCGGAGAUUAGAGCGAGCAGACGAUGAGGUGAGGAACGGCACUGGUCAGGUACCUCUCUGCGAUAGGGCGGCGAGUUGGCAAAGAUUGUUGCUGCGCAGGUGCAAGGAUGGAGGAAACUGGGGGCGCAGGCGUCCAUGCAGGAGCGGAGGAGGCAGCUUCGGCAACGAGGUCAAGUGGAUCUUACUCUUGCAGUACUGGUGGCGGCACGAGAUACCAGCGGGAGGUUGUCGGCGACAGUGGUAGUCAUCGGGGCUAUGUCAGAAGGCGUCGUUGUGUCAGCGGGCCGAAUGAAAGGACACCAGCCAUUGGACGCGUGAUUGCAAUGGAGGAGGCUCUGAAGUCUUUCGAGCAGAGGAGAGGAUUGUGCAUUAUCCAGCCAGAGGAAGGCAUGGUGUUUGAUUCACUCGAUGAGGCAUUCGAUUUCUACAAUCUAUAUUCCUGGGAGAAGGGUUUUGGGAUUAGGUACAACAGCAGCAAAACCAAUGAUGAAGGGUACCACCUUAUGAAAGAGAUUACGUGCAUGUGCCAGGUAUUUAUAGUCCUGAACAUCAUGCAGUGCUUGAUUUCAUAGAAGAUUGUGUUGUCAUUUUGGUUGUGUUGUCACAAUGCAGGGGCGUCCGGCCGCUGGGACGAAGAACUAUGUACUUUGUGGUUGCAAGGCAAUGAUGCGUCUACGGCGCACAGAUGACCAUGGCUGGUACAUCCGCCAUUUUGUAGCUGAGCACAACCACAAAAUGACGGAGACCUGCGGGGAGAAGAGGCAUUGGCCUUCCCACAAGCACCUGGACAACUACACCAGGGAUAUUAUUAAAUACCUCCGACAGAACAAUGUCAGCCUUACUAAGGUUUAUUCGAUUAUGGCGAGCAUGUUUGGUUCAGUUCAGAAAACACCUUUCACGAAGCGGAAGCUGAAGACCCUCUGUGGAGAGCUUGCAAGGGAGACUGCUGAUAAUGAUGUGAUAAAAACUAUGGAGGUCUUUAUGAAGAUCAGGGAUAAGGACCCAGAGUUCAAAUACAAGGUUGACUUUGAUGUUGAUGGAUCAAUACGUACUAUGAUGUGGACAAAUGGUAGAUGUAAAAUGCAGUAUGCACAUUUUGGCGAUGUGGUCACAUUCAACACGACGUACAAGACAAACCUCUACGGCAUGCCGUUUGGAAUGUUUGUGGGGGUGAACAAUCACUUCCAGAGCGUGUUGUUUGGGGGCAGUAUUAAUGAGGUCAGAGACAAUAGAUAGUUUCAAGUGGAUUUUCCGUGAGUUUGUUAAUAUGAUGGGUGGGAAGGAACCAGUAACUGUGUUGACAGAUCAGGCACGAGCUAUGGAGGUGGCAUUAGCGUCAGAGUGGAAGGGAGCGGUGCAUAGGUGGUGCAAGUGGCACGUGCUUCGCCUAGCAAAGGAAAAGUUAGGACCAAUUUACAGCAAGAAUAGCCCUUUCAAGGCCGAGUUACACAAGAUUCUGAAUGCAAUGAUGAGCAUCGAAGAGUUUGAGCUUGCUUGGCAUCGGGUGUUAGGUGAGUAUGGAGUGGUAGAGCAUCCAUUUCUGCAGAGGAUUUACAAUGAGAGGCACAAGUGGGCAAAAGCAUUCUUCAAGGAUGUUUUCUGCGCCAAGCAAACCAGUACUCAGCGUAGCGAGAGCAUGAAUCAUAUGAUGAAAGGUUAUGUGCCACCCGGAUCACCAAUGCACCACUUUGUUACUCAAUACCUGAAGUUAGUUGCUGAUCGAGAUGAGCAAGAAGACUUCCAAGAGAGGCGUAGUAAGCUGGGCAACAAGAAACCACGGUUUAACAAUGAGAUUGAGCGGCAUGCAAUGACAAUAUACAGCCCUGCUAUGAUGGAAGUGGUAAAUGAACAAAUAUUUGAAGCUGGGUACUAUCGGGUAGAGGAUGUGCAACCCGGAUUGAAUUAUACAGUUGUGCAUUGUAAAGAGCAAGGAAGAUCAAGCUGGAUGCACGGCAGAUUCUCUGUAAAAAUCACCGAAGGUGGGAACAAGUACCAGUGUGAUUGCGAAAUGACAGAGCACAUGGGCCUACUUUGUUGCCACAUAAUCAAGGUGAUGCUUAAGCUAGAUAUCAUGGAGAUCCCGAGUGUGCAUAUAUUGAAGAGGUGGAGUAAAGAUGCAAGGGACAUAUUGCCUCCUCACCUGAUGGGAGACUGCAAUGGGAAAAGAUAUGAGGAGUUAAUGAAGAUAAUCAGUGAGGGGAAAAAGAGAUUGGCAGCAAUUGAUGGAACCAAAGAUUUACUAACAUUGGAGGAACAAGCAACAGCCAUGGCGAAGGCAAAUGGCAGCCAGGAAGAUACAGAUAAAGGGAAGGAGAAAUUGAAUAGCAUGGUUGGGUCUGUGGGGGGCUACAAUGGUGGUGUCAAUGAUGAGGAUGAGUGCAGCUCUUCUAACUUCUUUGCAUUGUCUCAAUUGAAAGCCCCGGCGAAGAAACGUGGCAGAGGAAUGCCAUCAUCAAAACGUGAUAAGCCAGGGUACGAGCUAGGCGGUGCAAAUAAAGGGCGAAAGGAUAGAGGUUGUGCAAAAAUGGAACCAAAACGUGCAGUUACAUGCAGCGGAUGCCGACUGACGGGGCACACGAAGCAGCAGUGUCAGAAAAGGCUCCAAAGUGCAGCGACAAAGAUCCGUGAAAUGAUGUGA